AAAAAGAAAGAAAGGCAGUCGUUUCUCACUUGGCGACACAAUGACGCGACUACACCAUUACCAAUAGAUCGAGACCCUCUUUCCCACUUGUCUCCAACUCUCCAUCUCUGUCUGUUUUUCUCUCUGAAAUGGACGAAGUGAUGACGGCCGCUGAUGCGUCAUCGAGGUUCCGAUCGGCGUCGUCCGAUCCGUCCAUCAUUCCCUCCAACCUCCCUCUCCUCUCUGCUUUCCUCUCCUUUGCUCUCGCUCAGUUCCUCAAGCUCUUCACCACCUGGUUCAAGGAGAAGAGAUGGGAUUCUAAAAGGAUGCUUGGGUCAGGUGGAAUGCCAUCAUCGCAUUCAGCAACCGUGACAGCUCUUGCGGUUGCUAUUGGCUUGCAAGAAGGAACUGGAGGACCUGCAUUUGCUGUUGCAGUGGUCUUGGCAUGUGUUGUAAUGUAUGAUGCUUCUGGAGUAAGACUUCAUGCUGGUCGCCAAGCUGAAUUAUUAAAUCAAAUUGUGUGCGAGCUACCUCCUGAACAUCCUGUCUCUAAUGUUAGGCCUCUACGAGAUUCACUCGGUCAUACUCCACUUCAGGUUGUUGCAGGUGGCAUGUUGGGAAUUAUGGUGGCGUUCCUAAUGAGAAGUUCCCGUUAGGGGAUAUAAUGUAGUGAAUAGCAAUGCUUUUGGGCCUUACCAGUCGACAGUGAAUCUCGUAGCACCUGCACAAAGAAUUGGACUCCGAAGAAGAAAAGUUUCACACCAUUGUGAAUCUAUUCACUGUAAUUGGUCAUGUUCAGGGUCUUAAUUUAAUGUUUGCAUACUAGUCUUAUACGCUUGGUUAAAUGCCAAGUAUAAUUGGCUCUGUUUGCUAAUGCUUUUUAGAGUGCUUUGUUUUUUUGUUUGAAAAAGUGUUCUAAUGUAACAUAAAGAUAAAGAUAAAAGUAAUUCUGAGUGUUUUGCUUGA